AAAUGGGUAUAAACCAGCUUGGUAUACUUUCUCACACUAUCUACCGUUGAUUAAUUUCUAAAGAUAUGAAACAAAACCUAAAGGGCAUACAGGCUAUCAGAUCCGUUAUUCUCUUCUCAUGUGCCUCUUUGUUUGUAUAAUUAAAAACAUGUCCUGCCUGUAGUCAGACAAAGAAUAAAAUCAUAAAAAAGAAGGGUCUUAAGGCUCUUCUACACCUUUGUGAGAGCAGUGGGAAAGUUUCUGGCUUCUGGAAGUCUUGCUCACGCCAAGCCGGACUCCACCGCACAGACACUGGAGCCCUCAUCUGAUUACUCUUUACAGAGGCCUGCUUGUGAGCUAUUCAGACACAUGAAAUAUUGAGAGUGUGGAGCUUCCGUUUCAGACACAGAGAGGAAGGGAAGAUAGCAGAGAGGCUGGCAGGCAAACCAAGACUAGGGAAAGAAAAAGCCAAAGAGGGUUGGGAUUAGCAGGAAAUAGCACGUCAGGCACCGUGGGAGGGAGACACAUGAGUGGGGAUGGAGGAAGAAAGUAGUGGGGCAACGUCUGUCCAGGCAGAAAUACUGACGGAAAAACCCAGUGAAGAAAUCAUUGAGUCCAGAAGUAUCCAGACACCAGAGGACACCACCAGGGCUAACAGCGGAGUCUGGGAUGAAGAGAUUUUAGAGGAUCAAUGCAUUGAGAAUGCAGAGACAUUAGCAGAGGAGACUGUGAUAGCUACGGACUACCUCCCGGAGACCCACCUGUCAACAGGAGAGGACAUGAGUCCCCAAUCUGUGUCAUCUCAUCCCUCCACCACACAGAAUGCCCCAACUGAGCCAUGCUGGUAUUGUUUGAGGUCUCUUGACUCUGAGUCUCAUCCCAACGUCACAAAACAGGAGGAAGACUCUGAUCCUGAAUCACAUCUGCCCUCUAGUGGCCAGAAAGUGAACUACCAGACAGAUCCCAGACCUCACUUUGGUGUAGCCUGUUCCUCCCACUCUACAUGUCGCCCCCUAUGGGGCAGCGAGGGGCCUUAUUGGGGACCACGAAACCAGGAGCUGGCCGAACAGACAGACACCUGUCCACACUGCCACCUGGGCUUGCCCUCCGACACACUGCGCUGGCAUGAGGCAAAAUGUCUUCUGUUUGAUGGGCUGAGGAGCUCGAAGAAAGAAAACUAAUCACUGUGAAAGAAAGAUGUGACUUGUACAUAUUUUAGAAAUAUAUUUCUAGAAACAAUCGUCUGGGCAAAUUUUUCAGGGAAAUCUUUGCUCAUGUUGUGCAGUUUUUUUCCAGAGCAGAUAAACUGUUUAGAAUGACACAUUCAUUCCAUGUGACACUUAUUCUAGUCUAUACUGACCUCUGUUACAAAAUAUUUGCAUAUUUUUGUAUUCAUCAUUUAUUGGUACAUCCCAAUUUUUCGCCAUCCUCAUAAUCUUUCAAAAAAAAAAAGUCAACAUUUUUUUUGCUUUUGGCUUUAUCUUACAUAAGGAAGUGAGAGGUGCAUUUAAACAAAUAAAAAUGAUUAACUGUCGAACUGGGUAAGGCUCUCUGGUCCAGUACUCAUUGGUUCAAAUCUUACUAAAAGAAAGUAGAUAUCGUCUUAUUGGAAUGGACAGAAGUCACAUGAGAGGUUAAGUGGAACAUUGAUUGACAUAUUUAAUGUACAGUAUAUUAAAUUGAUCAUUUUGAUGAUGGCAUUUGAGAAAAUGUAAUGUUUAUUGCUUGUUUCAAAAUUGGUAUUAUGUUUUUAUAGCA